GGACUGUGUUCCCAGAAUUAUUUAAUGCGGGCCCAGGAUUCCAGUGUCAAGUGAUUCAUUAUUCAGUUGCUGUCCAAAAUUGUGAGUGAAGACAGUGAGUGUUGUCUUACUUGUGCUUGAAUUAAUAAUAAAAUAUCAUUUGGAAAAAUGAAGGUGUUCGCGAUCCUGACUGCCACGUUAUUGUUCUCCAUCGCCGCAAGCGCACCUCAAAUGUCAGAUCUCCAGUUAGAGAGGACCCUAGCUGAUCGGAGCUCGAUGCAAAGACACAUAAGAUGCGCUUUAGGGGAAGGACCGUGUGAUGCCGUCGGAAAACGUCUUAGAACUUUAGCGCCGCUAGUCUUACGAGGCGCUUGUCCUCAAUGUUCAGCGCAAGAAACAAAACAGAUUCGUCGCACUCUGGCCUUCGUUCAGAGAAACUAUCCAUGGGAAUGGAGUAAGAUUAUCGUUCGAGUUAUAUUUAUCUGCGUCGUAGCAACAUCCUGUCUCGCUGAAACAAUAAGACCUCAAGUCUCCGACACCGCGUUGGACGAUGCUCUCAACGACAAGAGAUUCAUACAAAGACAAUUGAAAUGUGCCCUUGGUGAAGCACCAUGUGAUCCUGUUGGGAAAAGACUCAAAACAUUAGCGCCACUAGUUCUGCGUGGUGCCUGCCCACAGUGCACUCCUCAAGAAACAAAACAGAUCCAAAGAACGCUAUCAUAUGUACAGAGAAAUUUCCCACAACAAUGGGCAAAAAUUGUCAAGCAAUAUGCUGGUUAAAAACCAUAUAUUAUAUACAAAUACAUAUAUCAAUAAGAUAAUAGAAAUAAGAUUAUGAAUUAUUAUGUUAAAGUGAUUUUGAUCCGCAAAUAAUUUUGUACCUAGUCGUAAGACAAAACGACAACGAAAAAAAUCAAGAAUUGCUAUAGAUUAUUUAUAUAUUACACAUUGGAAUUCACACUGAAAGAAGACUCAUUUGAAUAAUUUUUGAUUUCCGCAAAAUAACGCCUAAUUCAAUAAAUUUUCUAUUAUUAUUAUUAACAAUAAUGUUUAUUUAAAAUUACAUAAUUAAACUUUAGAUUCUAGUGUAAUUCUUGUAUAAAGAUUAAUGAAUACUUCCAGUUUUUUUUAUAAGAUACUAGCUGACCCGACAGACGUUCUGUAUAUAAAAUUAAGUUUAUUUUUUACCUCCUGAGAAAGAUAGAAAGGUAUAAAUUCUAGUAAGUUAUUCAUUUUAAACUAUUAUUUCAAUUUGAUUUCUGAACGACGUGGGACACAUCAAAUGAAAAACAAUAUUGUUAUUUUUAUUUAAUUCCGUGCAUUUUCAUAUUUUUUCAGCUUUUAAACCUUCUCUGGACUUCCACGAAUAAUUCAAGACCAAAAUUAGCCAAAUCGGUCUAGCCGUUCUCGAGUUUUAGCGAGACUAACGAACAGCAAUUCAUUUUUAUAUAUAUAGAUAGAUUAUAUUAUUGAUAUAUAUAUAUAUAUAUAUAUAUGAAACAUCUGAAGUUUACUACAAUAGAGAGUAGUAUAGUCUUUGCUACCUACGCUUGUACACGGAAUAUAACAAUAAUAAUUUAUAACCAAUUACGUUCUUUAUAAUACGCCUUUAUUAUACGCCUUCUUUAUAAAAAGCCUGGGGAGCGCUAGGUGGUGCGAUAGAAAGAGACGACAUGCGGCAAUCGACUUCAAACCAAAUCCAUAAUAUGAAGCCGUUUUUUAAUCCAGUAAGCUAGUGCUUGCCACUUUAAUAUCGAUAAAUAAAAAAGUGUGAAUAUAAGAAAUAAUGAAACGUGCUGUUGGGUUAAAUUAAUAUAGCUCUUGAUCCGGGAGCCCACUUCAUACAAAAUUGACAUAAAUCUGCCGAUGUAUCUUGACGUGAAAGGACAGACAAGUAUACUAUAACAUUCUGUAAUAUUAAGAUUGUAUGUAUAGAUUAUAGGGAUAAAGUCUUUAUUUACUUGUGUAACUGGAGAUAUGUAAUAUAUUCUUUUUUUAAUAUUAUGUUUGGUCUACGUUACGCUCAACAGUUUAUUUUGGUGUACCUAUGUGAAGAAUGCAAUAAGUAGGUACCAAAUAUUACUCACCGGUUUGCGUGUCUACUCGAAGAAUCGGACUGAGACAGACGAAUUAGCCCACAACAAUGUCGGACAGCAAUACAAUAUAAAUAGAUUAAAUAAAUAUGAAGCGAUCACAAUGUCAUAUAUUUUUAUUAUAAUAUUAUUUCUUGAAAUCUGUAGCUGACUGUUAAUAAAUUUUCUACUUUUA